AUGAAAACGAAGUGAUUAGCAUGUAUUCACCUAGCAUAGUUGAUUCUGUUGCCUGCCACAGUUCAGCUCCCUAUCCUUAGCCUCAGGAUACGAAGAUAUCGUCAACCUUGCGAAAGGCAUAAUAUUCAAUUCCGUGGUGGCAUGAGUUAGCAUCAUGACUACUUCACAGCUCUAUGAAGUCCUACCGAACUGGAAUCGACCACUUCUAAAUACCCAGGAUCCCGUGAUGCUGUUGUAUAUCAUAUUGUUAUUGCUGAUCUCCUGGGUACUUUGGAGAACAUGGAGAUUUACCAUCUAUCCCAAGCUUCACCCCGACGAGCCUAAAGAGUUACCCUACGUGAUUCCAAUACUCGGCCACGGCAUAGCUUUCUUCCGCGACUCGAAUGGCUUGCUUGCGUACGCCAGGGCCCAGGUCGGCCGCGAGAGCACGCCAUUCGCCUUGACAGCAUUCGGGAAUACGUUCUACGUUGUGACGAAUGCGAAACAUUCAGCCGAACUCUACAGGAACAUGGAGUCCCUGUCCUUCGACGAGUUCGUGCAGGCGUUGAUGAGGACGAACGGCAGCGACGAGAAGACGAUACAGACCGUGUUCUCGCCGUUGCCGAAGGAAAAACCCGGAUUUCCCAAUCCCGACGGGUUGUCCCUAGGCUCCCUCUCCGCGAAGAUGCAUACGCUGCAGCGCCACCCCGGCGCCAAUAUGCUUGUGCUGCAGCAGAAGGGUUGCGACUGGAUCAACGCGCAUCUCAACCUUGAGACGCUAGGUAAAGAAUGCGCCUACUCGGCCUCACGGAGCUCUAUGCACAUCCAGGUCCCGCUGUACGAGUGGACAUCAGACUAUUUCGUGCGCCUGGGCCAACAUGUUUAUUUCGGUGACCCCCUCGACCGCGUGGAUCCGGGCUAUCCCGCUGCCUUCAUUGUCUUCGACGAGGUCAUCUGGAAAAUGCUGUACCAGUAUCCGGCCAUCUUGUGUCGCGAUAUGACGGCCCCGCGCGACCAGAUGAUCCGCGCGCUGACAGCGUACUUCAAGAUUCCCAAAGCAGAACGAGUAGACCACGCGGCGUGGAUCAUCAACGCCAUGGAAGAUGAGAUGAGAGGUGCGGGGAUGGACGAUAGGAACAUCGCCAUCAUGAUCUUUCACUUGUAUUUCGCCAUCAACACCAACGCCCGCAAGACAUCUUUCUGGAUGCUUACGCAUAUGAUGCGCCGACCACACUACCUCGCGGCCUUUCGCGCAGAGACCGCCCCUGCCUUCCACGGCGACGUCCUUGUCGACCUCAACCAUAUCCAGGACCCUGAGAAAUGUCCGCAGGUAGAUGCCAUGUGGAACGAGACGCUACGACUGGCGGGCUGGGCAGCGUCGGUGCGCCGCGUGACGUGCGACACGGUACUUGGCGGCAAGCGGCUGCGCAAGGGCAACCGCGUGAUGGUACCGCACCGCCUACUACACUUCGACGAGAAGAUCUUCGGGGACGAUACUGCGGUCUGGAAGCCCGAGCGCUGGAUCGAUACUGAGGCCGGACGAAAGCUGCCAAAUAGCCAGUCGUGGCGUCCGUUCGGCGGGGGUAAAACAAAGUGCAGCGGAAGGUUCCUGGCGAAGUAUUUCGUCACGGCCUUCGUUGCGACGAUGCUCCGACGCUUCGAUAUCGAGGCUGUGGGAGACCCGCCCAUGCCUGAGGCGGAUGUGGGGAGACCAGUGCUGGGAAUCAUUUCGGUGAAGGAGGGGCAGGAUUAUCAUGUUCGUAUUACGCGGCGGAAGGGUUUCGUAAAUAGUGGAUAAAUCGUUAAGUAGCUGCUUCUAUUCAUCUAUACUUGCUAGUCCAUUGCUCCCGAUCCUCAUGCGAAGCACUUUAUGUGAGGGGUCUAAGUACCUUGUGCCUAACAGGAAGCCCAAUCCAGAUUGAACAC